AUGGAGCAUUUAAAGCCUUUCAUCCACAAAAGGAGUAGGAUGACCGAUGAUACCUAUGUUGCUCUGUCUCAAGAUCAGUAUAUCAAGUUGUUUGACGAUACAGUAUCUAAGUAUGGGUUACAUGUGCCUAAAAUUUACCACAAUGCACCUCCAGCAAUAUUGUAUAAAAAUGCGCUGCUUUACGAGAAAUUUACCGAUAUUACUAGCACUGGAGCUCUCUGCUGUAAAUCAGGUAAUAAAACUGGAAGAUCCCCGGCUGACAAACGUACGGUAAACGAACCGGAUCUACCCAUUUGGUGGGGGAAUAUAAACAUACCCAUGUGCGAACAUUCCUACCUUGUAAAUAGGGAGAGGGCUAUUGACUAUUUAAAUCUGCAGGAAAGGAUUUAUAUCACCGAUGCAUAUGCCGGAUGGGAUCCAAAAUACCAAAUAAAGAUACGUAUCAUAGCAUCAAGGGCCUACCAUGCUUUAUUCAUGCACAACAUGUUGAUUCCACAUAAAGCGACAGAUGGAGAGACCUUUACACCCGAUUUUGUGAUUUAUAACGCGGGAGCUUUUCCUUCAAACAGAUAUACAAAGGAUGUCACCAGCAGCACGUCCAUAUGCAUGCACUAUGGCCGCGGUGAAAUGGUUAUACUAGGGUCUGAGUAUGCAGGAGAAAUGAAAAAGGGAAUACUUACUCUUAUAAUGUACAAAAUGCCACCAUUAAAAAAUCUGCCCCUGCACUCAUCCUGUAACGUUGGAUCGGAUGGGGAAGUCACGCUUUUUUUUGGGUUAAGUGGUACUGGGAAGACGACAUUGUCUGCGGAUCCCGACAGAUUCCUAAUUGGAGAUGAUGAGCAUGUGUGGACGGAAGAUGGUAUUUUUAACGUUGAGGGGGGGUGUUAUGCCAAAUGUAAGGAUUUGACGGACGAAUCAGAACCAGAAAUCUUUAGAGCAAUAAGAUUCGGAGCCUUGUUGGAAAACGUGAUAAUUGACAAUGAGAAUAUUGUCGAUUAUAAAGACUGUUCGAUAACCGAAAAUACUCGUUGUGCAUACCCACUAAACCACAUUCCAAACGCUAGAAUACCUGCUUACAUAGACACUCACCCUUCCAAUAUAAUUUUUUUGACUUGCGAUGCAUUUGGAGUAUUCCCACCUAUUGCAUUGCUGGACAAUUCGCAGGCCAUGUACCAUUUUAUCAGUGGAUAUACCAGCAAGAUGGUUGGGACAGAAAUGGGUAUAUUGGAGCCCACUGCCACCUUUUCUGCUUGUUACGGGGGUCCAUUUUUGGCUUUACACCCCUUUGUAUAUGCUUCAUUGCUGGAUGAGAAACUCAAAAGGCACGGCUCCAAGAUAUGGCUUGUUAACACUGGCUGGAUCGGCGGCGAGUACGGUAGUGAUAAUGGCCAUCGUAUAAAACUCGAAUACACGCGCAAAAUAAUACAAGCAAUUCAAAAUAAGACGUUAAAACUUAGUAACGAUAAGAUGGACGUAUUCAAUUUCAGAUUACUCUCACAUAUACCAGGCGUACCCGAACAAAUACUGAACCCAUCGCUGCUAUGGGAUGACAAACAAGCAUAUGCCAAUAAAGUAAAAUUGUUGGCGAAUGCCUUCACCGAAAACUUUAAGCAAUUUCUGGAACCCGUAGAACUACCUUCAUUUGUUACGGUGGACGUGGACGCUAUUAUUAAAGGCGCCCCAAAUUGUAACUAA